AUACUCUAGCUGUAUGUGUGUAUCUUUUUAUAUCGAUGAUGUGGUCAGCUGGAUUGGGGGCGGAGCUAGAGACCAUAAAUUACAUGUAAAAUUAAUUUUUUUUUUUAUUUUUUUUUUAUGUAUUUAUACUAGAUGUUGAAUCCCUUGGUUUCUUAGUAUAUUUUUUUCUAGUAAAAAUUCGAAUAAAUCACUAUUCUGAGACCUCGUGAUUAUAUUUGGUCACAUGAUCAAGCAUAUAUCAAAUUUUACCAAUCCGAAAAAUUAAAUGUUUUAAUCAUGGUCCAUUUUUUUUGAUUUUUUGUUGUUGACUACGGUGGUGUCUGAAGGGUAGGUACCUGCUACCGGGAAGCUCUGCUCACCAAAGCUUAGGCAAAUGAGGCCAUGGCAAUGGAAUGCUUCACAUGGACUACAGAACUGUUGGGUUCACUAUUUCCUGCAAUAUGGAAAGGUGAAGAAGAAAUUACUGAAACUUUCGAACGUUUGCCUGAUUGUCUCAUCAUUGAUAUUCUAAGUAGACUUCCAACAUAUUCUCUUCUUAGAUGUAGAUGGGUUUGUAGGCAUUGGAGAGCUUUGGUCUCAUCACAUGACUAUUUUAUCACCUUAUAUGAUGAUCUCAGUAGAGCUAGUAGACCCCUGAUUCUCUUACAGGAUUAUUUGACUAUCAAGCACGGGCAAGAUCUUUAUGUUGUUGGUGAAAACCUUAAUAAUAAGAAGAAGGUCGCCUUCAAGCAACUAUAUCUCAGACCUGAGCUUAUGAUUAAUAAAUAUUGGGAUCACCAACUUGUUCUUACGUACUCUUGUCAAGGAGUUCUUCUGUUUGGUGACUUGAAGUGGCAGUCUACUUAUUAUGCUUUUAACCCGAUAACACAAGAAGAAGUAGCUGUACAACAUACACUUCACCCCGGCUACUUAUGUGCGCUUUAUUUUUGUCCAUACACAAGACAAUUCAGGCUUCUUUAUGCCCAAGUACGAGGCAGUUGUUGUCAGUAUUUUGUAUAUAUUUUUAGGAAGUGGACAUGGAGGAAAAUUCGCUCGUCCUCCUCUUUCAACUUUUUGUCAUCUGGUGACACUCCAGCAGUUGUGAGUGGAGCAUUGCAUUGGAUCAUGGACCACGAUUUAGAAAAGAAAGAUAUUCCUCCUUGUGCAAACGGAAUCAUGGUUUUCAGAAUGGAUAAGGAAGAACUCUCUACUAUCCCUCAUCCUGGAAGCAUGUGCAACUCAAAGCGAAGGCAUCGAACUAUGACUCUUUUGGUGAAGGAUGAUAGUUUGUGUUUCUGUAACUUGCUUAUCUCUAACUAUGUAGUGGAUAUAUGGAUCUUGAAGGACUAUGAAAUGCGUAUAUGGAUCAAAAGGUACAAUAUUGAUCUCUGUGAUGAGAGAAUUUUCCCUUUUAGUUUGUAUUUCAUGGAAAUUUCAUCCCUUACCAGCGACAUUUGUGGGCGGAUAAAGCUUUUGAACAUCCAAGAAGGUGAACUUUUGCUUCACUUGCUGGGUCAAGGGUUAUUUCUUUAUAAUUUAGAUCAUAGAACAGUGAAGAGAAUUGAAUUGCCGCCACGCCAGAGCGGAUGGGGACUGUGGUAUACUCCUAUGCCUUAUAUGAAGAGUUUCUUAGCAAUAGCCUAAUUCCCGUAAGUUUUUUGUUCUUAUUAGACCUUUCUAAGUUUAGCAUUUUUUUUCAAGUUAUCAAAUGGUGUUUUAGCUGAGUUGGUAGUAUAAUGAAACUAGCUAGUGUAUAUCAA